AUUCGUUGAAGAAAUUUAGAAUCUACUACUAAUACUACAACAAUGGAGUACUUGACAUUAUCAAAGCUGUCCUUUUUCCAAUUCUAUGCCCUUCAAGCCACUGUCGCCCUCGCUUUAUUCUUAAGUAUUACAAACCCUUUCUCGGCUGCUAGAUUAGAACCACAAUCGAAGACUUCCAAUACUGAUUUUGUUAAAACUUCAUGUGAGGUGAUGAUGUAUCCCGACAUAUGCUACCAGUCACUCUCAGCCUAUGCUAGCACCAUCCAGACCAGCCCUCGGGAACUAGCCAAUACCGCUCUCUCCGUAAGCCUCAACAACGAGCAAUCGACUUCGACACUGGUACUAAGGUUGUCAAAAGAGCAUGGAUUAACGCACAGAGAAACGAUUGUCAUUUCUGAUUGUGUGGAGACCAUGAGAGACUCUGUGGAUGAGCUGCACCAAUCGAUGGCAAAAAUGAAGGGUCUAGAGGGCCCUGAAUUUUAGAUGAAAAUGAGCAAU